CGCUUCUCAUGGGAGCUUGAAAAGAAUUAAUCAGAAGGAAGAAAAACUCGUUGCAAAAACGCCCAAAAAUGCUUUAUCUAGAAGACUACCUUGAACUUAUUGAACAGCUACCACUAGAGCUUAGAGAGAGGUUCACUGAAAUGAGAGAAAUGGACCUACAAGUGCAAAAUUCAAUAGACGAUUUAGACAUUCGAGUGAAGCAGUUUUUUAUGAACUGCAGAAAGGCCAAACCAGAAUGGAAAGAUCAACAAUAUAAACAAAUAAAGGAUGAAUACCAAAAAUCACUGGAGGAUGCAGAAGAAAAAGUUACUAUAGCAGGCCAGAUAUAUGACCUUGUAGAUAAACACCUUAGAAAACUAGACCAAGAACUUACUAAAUUCAAAAUGGAACUAGAAGCAGACAAUGCUGGGAUAACAGAAGUUCUAGAACAGCGGUCUUUAAGACUAGAUGAACCAAUACAUCCACCAUCACCGAUGCGGAAUAAUCAUUUAACUCCAUCGUCACAAACAUUUAACUCUCAAAAACGSAAGUACAGUCAAGUAGACGUAGUAAGCAAUGAUAUAACCAAUGGAGAACAUAGUUUAUUAAUGCCUACCUACUCCAGCUACAGUCCGCUUAGUUCAUAUACUCAGAUGUCACCAUCUCCUAAAGUAUCCACUCCUCAGUCACCAUCACCUUCUAUUUCAUUUACAGUCGGUAUGCUUGGUGCAGGUUCCAAUGCUGCAGCUCAUGCAAUGUCGAACACAGUACAGAUGCAACAGAGUAGAAGAGUGGGCAAUGCAUUAAAAACCCCUUACGGUACUUCAUAUAAAGGGAAUACAGACUACCUAGGUACAGGACUUGGAGUAAUACCAAGCAGUAGUAGUGCUGGAAAUAUCAAUGGUCUACAGUCUGGGAGUUUUGAAACCCCUUCUCCCAUGCCACCAUCCCUUACCAUGCCUGUCACUCCCGUGGAACCACAGACCCAGUUAACUGUUCCUACAGCAACAUCGUCACAGAGAAAAACUAAGAAAAAUAAAUUGCCRUCSCAAAUGGCUGAAGCUGCACCAGCAUCAGCUCAAGUUGCAGCACAGGAUGCAGCUGAAGCAGCRGCAGCUGUACCCGAGUGGUUUUAUGAUCCUGAUGAGCCAAGAUACUGUCUAUGUAAUCAGGUAUCAUAUGGUGAAAUGGUUGGAUGCGACAACCCAGACUGCGCAAUUGAAUGGUUUCAUUAUGGCUGUGUUGGCCUCACAGAUGCACCUAAAGGCAAGUGGUACUGCCCGCAAUGUGCCACUCAACUCAAGCAAAAACGAAGUCGGCAUAAGUAGCUCAACAGUAGUCAACAUUUCGAACAAGAUCCAAGGUUCCUGUGAUGAUCCAAGGACUGAAUUACUUCAUGGAUAUCUCACACUUCUUUUGACAAUAGAGAAAAACAUUGUUGCCAUCCAGAAUCAACCAACCAAUUCAUCAKUAAAGCUACUGCAAAAUCGGCAUGGGCACGCAGGAUGUUACUAUUAAGGAGGUGAUGCAUUCUGGUCCAGCUUGGGGUCAUCACACUGUUGGUAAAUCAUCACUAAAGCCAUUCCAAUCAAUAUAGGCACAGGAUAUCACUAUUUGGGAAGUGAUGCAUUCUGAUUUACAGCUGUAUCUUAGGGGUCAUCACACCCUCUGUACUGUUAAAAGUGUCGUAGCUCUUGGCAAGAAACAUAGGAUACUGUACAUAACAUAGUACAUAAUGAACUUUACUCCAUUGUAAAUCUUAUAAAAUAUUUUCGAGUUUAAUCAGCACGCGAAUGUGCAUUCUAUUAUUAAUGAAAUCCAUGCUGUACAUCAUUUACAGCCUCCGAAGGUUACAAGUAUGCAAAAAAACUGUUGCUUUCUCAAAAUUACAAGUCAAAACCUAGUAAGAAUUCAUUUUUAGAUGCCACGUAUAUAUAUAUCAUAAUUUAUUUCACAAUAACCUUGCGCUGAAUUAUCUUACAUUAUUCACUCCACCAGUUUCUUCACGUGUUCAUGAUGAUGAUAAAUGCGUAGGUAUUUAAUUAGGGGGUGGGAAAAGGGGUACAUAUCUCAUGUUUUUUCCAAGYCGUGUUAAAAAAGUCACUAACCCUGAGUAAUAUUCAGGUAAACUCUGUAGUAAAACUUAAAUUUAGAUUCGAGUUAUAUUUGGGAUGACUAAGCAAAAAUGUCUCGGAUAUGCCAAAAUAAUAACGGCAGGGGAGUUUAUCAAAAUAGGAUAAAUAAAUUAAUAUAGACAUCUUUAGCUUGGGCGUAAUGUUUUCCCAUUUCAGACCAUGUGUCAUUCAUUYCCUAAGGUACCAUUUUYUCUUGUUAAUGGUUGUGCAUGAGAAGACAAAUUAAUAUGGAUACAACUCUUGAAACAUUAUUUUCAAAAGAACGAAACUUAGUUUGAAAUGGGAAAACAUUACACCUAAGCUAAAGAUGUAUCAAUUCCCUCCAAGAUGUCAUCUUGUGUUUUAAAAUAACUGACAAAUUUCUCGCGCGCUGAUUGGUUAAUUUUUAUCAUCAAUAAGAGGACAGACAGAUAAAGCUGACGUCAACGAGCGCGCUCUCUUUCCGUUAGUUGUUUUGAUCAG